AUGUUGCUGAUCAUGAUGAAACAAGCUGCUCUGGUGGCAUUAGUUGCGUUUUGGAUGCCAUUCGCUAAUGCUCACACCGAGUCUGCCGAGAGCUGGAUCAGUAACAUCUGGGAUCACUUCAAAGAAGCGGUUGACUGUACCAGCUGUCAGGCUCUCCUGGGUGGUCUCAAGCUCGUGGCCGGCUUUGGAGACAACUUCAUGAUAGAUGUUUUGACAGGAGUGUGCGAUAUCAGCGGUGCCGAAGACCCUGAUGUCUGCGCUGGAGUCAUUGCUGGCGAAGGACCCUCCGUUCACUACUCUCUCAAAAACCUCAAAAUAGGCUCCCACACUGCCAACACCUUUUGUGCAAGCCUGGUGGGCUUAUGCAAGUAUCCAAAAGUUCGAGAGUAUGACUUGGCUUUCCCUGCUCCCAAACCGUCAGCCGGUCGACCUCCACCAAGCGGUGAGCCCCCAAUCAAGGUAGUCCAUUUCAGCGAUACGCAUGUCGACCUUGCCUACGAAAUUGGUUCCAACUACGCCUGUUCCAAGCCUAUAUGCUGCAGGACCUACGAGGAAAAUGAUGCGCCAGGCAACACUUCUUCCCCCUGCGGACCUUGGGGAAACCCUCGCUGCGAUCCUCCGCAUCGGCUUCAAGAAAGCAUGAACGCUGCAAUCGCAGAUCUCAACCCCUCCUUCUCAAUCUACACGGGAGAUGUAGUAGCCCACGAUGUAUGGCUGGACGACAAGUCUGAAGUUCUCGAGAACUUCAAUGCUACAUACGGCGCAAUGAAAGAUAGUCUCGGUAAAGUCUACGCUGCACUAGGAAACCACGAUUCCGCACCCCUCAAUCUCUUCCCAUCAUCCAAAGUUCCCAGUAGCUACAGCCCACAGUGGGCCUACGAUGCCCUAACAACAAAUUGGAUUGCCCUCACAGGUCUACCAUCCAUUAAAUCGGCAGACGAGUACGGAUCAUACUCAGUUCUCCACCCAAACAGCAACCUACGAAUAAUCUCUUACAACAGCAUCUUCUACUACAAAUACAAUUUCUUCGCCUAUAACGAGCCAAUGGAGUACGAUCCUAACAGCCAACUGAAAUGGCUCAUCAAUGAGCUUCAAGCGGCCGAAAGUGCUUCCGAGCGCGUCUGGCUCAUCUCCCACAUCCCAUACGGGAACUCUGAUCAUUUCCACGAUCAUUCACACUAUUUCGACCAGAUCGUCCAACGUUACGAUGCAACUAUAGCCGCCUUAUUCUUCGGCCAUACACAUCUAGACGAGUUCCAGGUCUCAUACUCGGAUUAUAACAACCAAACCUGGGAUACGGCUACAGCUAUGGGCUAUAUCGCUCCGUCAAUGACACCUACCUCCGGCCCUCCUUCUUUCCGCGUCUACGAUAUCGACCCCGUCACCUUCGGCGUACUAGACUUCACACAGUUUAUCGCUGAUAUCGAUGCGCCGGAACAAAAAUCCCCGGAAUGGGUGCCUUACUACUCUGCAAAAGAAGCUUAUGGAUCUAAGCUUGCGUCGCCUGUUACCGAUCCGAUUUCAGAGCUCUCACCGGCAUUUUGGCACAAUGUUACCGUGGCUAUGGAGAAUGAUCCCACAGUUUUCGGUGAUUUCUGGGCAAGACGGACGAGAGGGUAUAAGGUUCCCAGUUGCACUGGAGAUUGCAUCAGUGGUGAGAUCUGUGCUUUGAGGGGAGCUGAUGCGCAAUACAACUGCUAUGUGCAAAAAGUGGGAUUUAGCUUCGAGAAGCGGGGUGGCCAGGGUGUGGGUGCUCGGGAGAGAGUGCUGCCUGAGUGUAACCAUGCUGGGAUGGCGCCUUUGUUGGCGAAGAUUGCUCAGCGUGCAUCUAUCGCUAGGGAACUGGAGAAGCACUGA